AACAGACAGAGGUAGCUUGCAUUGCUAGCUAGAGUAGAGUAGUAGUACUCCCCCCCCCCCCCCCCCCCCUCUUGUGCAUGUCCGCUGGAUAGAUAGAUCCAUCGUCCAUCGUCUCUGCGCGCGCGCGGCCUGCCUACCAAACCAAACAAUAAUGAGCUCUCUUACUGCGGUGGCCGUCUCUUCCAUGCUGCUGCUGCUCCUGGCCGGCUCCGCCGUGGGCUACAACGACUCCGAGUCCGACUCUUUGAUGCAGUGGGGAAGCGCCAGGGCCACCUGGUACGGCCAGCCCAACGGCGCAGGGCCAUACGACAACGGCGGCGCUUGCGGUUUCAAGAAUGUGAACCAGUACCCCUUCCUGUCCAUGACCUCGUGCGGCAACCAGCCGCUGUUCCGCGACGGCAAGGGCUGCGGCUCCUGCUACAAGAUCAGGUGCUCCAAGCACCCCGCCUGCUCCGGCCGCGCCGAGACGGUGGUCAUCACCGACAUGAACUACUACCCCGUCGCGCCCUACCACUUCGACCUCAGCGGCACCGCCUUCGGCAAGCUCGCCAAGCCCGGCCGCAACGACGACCUCCGCCGCGCCGGCAUCAUCGACGUCCAGUUCGCCAGGGUGCCCUGCGAGUUCCCGGGCCUCAAGGUCGGCUUCCACGUCGAGGAGGGCUCCACCCAGGUCUACCUGGCCCUGCUCGUCGAGUACGAGAACGGCGACGGCGACGUGGCGCAGCUGGACCUCAGGGAGGCCGCGGGCGGCCGGAGCAUCAGCCGCCGCUGGACGCCCAUGCGCCGCUCCUGGGGAUCCGUCUGGCGCCUCGACUCCAACCACCGCCUGCAGCCGCCCUUCUCCAUCCGCCUGCGCAGCGACUCGGGCAAGACGCUGGUGGCGCCAGACGUCAUCCCCGUCAACUGGAGGCCAAACACAUUCUACAGAUCAUUCGUCCAGUACUCCUAGCUAGUCCUAGAUAGCUGCAUGCUAAGCUAGUUGAUGAUGAUGAUGAUUCGAUGAUUCGAUUCAGUUCAGUUCAGUUCAGUUCAAUUCAAUUCAAUUCAAUUCAUCAUCGUCGAUUAUCUGUCGUCGCCGUCUGAUCUAUCGAUCGAUCGAUCGAUCCUCAUUCAAUUCAGAUCAAGCAAAGCAUGUAUAAUCAACAUGUACUACUACAAGCAUAAUCAAUAUGUAUAUGCAUGUAUGUGUGUGUA